AUGACGGACACUAGACGAAGAGUUAAACUUUAUGCUCUGAACGCUGACCGGCAAUGGGACGAUAGAGGAACAGGACACGUCUCUUCUUGCUAUGUGGAGAGACUCAAAGGAACUUCUCUAUUAGUGAGAGCAGAGUCAGAUGGCUCCCUCCUCUUAGAGAGCAAAAUCCAGCCUGACACUGCCUAUCAAAAACAGCAAGAUACAUUGAUAGUUUGGUCAGAAGGUGAUAAUUUUGACCUAGCAUUAAGUUUUCAAGAAAAGGCUGGCUGUGAUGAAAUUUGGGAAAAAAUAUGUCAGGUACAAGGGAAAGAUCCAUCAGUCGAAAUCACUCAAGAUAUUGUAGAAGAGUCAGAAGAUGAAAGAUAUGAUGAAAUGUCAGACAGUGUCCAGCCUGUUGAAUUACCAGCAUGUGAAAUGGGCCGUUUGGAAGACAUCAGCGAAUUGGUCAACAGUUGUUUGGUCUCACCAGCACGCAAAGACAAACUUGCUGCAGCACUAGAAAGUCAGCACUACAUAAAGAAACUCCUGAAUCUUUUCAAUAUGUGUGAAGAUGUUGAAAACAUUGAAGGGUUGCAUCACCUUUAUGAGAUCUUUAAAAGUAUAUUCCUUCUCAAUAAAAACACACUCUUUGAUACAAUGUUUGCAGACGACACUAUAUUUGAUGUGGUGGGCUGUCUAGAAUAUGAUCCUGGGUUACCCCAACCCAAGAAGCACAGGGAGUACCUUAAAGAGUUAGCAAAAUUCCGUGAGGCCAUCCCCAUCAAGAAUAAGGACCUACUUGCUAAAAUACACCAGACCUACAGAGUACAGUAUAUACAAGACAUAGUGUUGCCUACUCCCACAGUUUUUGAAGACAACCUGUUGAGCACAUUAUCAAGUUUUAUAUUUUUCAAUAAAGUAGAAAUAGUGAAACUUAUAGAAGAGGAUGAGAAAUUCUUGACAGAUUUAUUUAAACUUCUUAUGGAUGAUAAAACACCUGACACAAAGCGACGAGAUUUAGUAUUAUUUUUAAAGGAAUUCUGUAAUUUUUCACAAAAUUUGCAACCACAAGAUAAGGAUGCAUUCUACAAAACAUUAGUAUCAUUGGGGAUCCUUCCAGCUUUAGAAAUUACUCUAAGUAUAGACGAUCAGAAGACCAAGACUGCUUCUAUAGACAUUUUGACAUAUAUAGUGGAGUUCUCACCAUCAGUUGUGAGGGAUUACACAUUGCAACAGGCUAAUAAUACAGAGGAGGAGCAAAUGCUGCUAAAUAUAGUAAUAGAGCAAAUGCUUCGUGACCGUGACCCUGAACUGGGAGGAGCAGUACAGCUGAUGGGUGUUCUUCGCAUUCUACUGGACCCUGAAAGCAUGCUAGCCUCAGUGAACAAGAGUGAAAAGGCAGACUUCCUCAAUUUCUUCUAUAAACACAGUAUACAGACAUUGAUAGCUCCACUUCUGGAGAAUACAAUGGGCGAAAAACCUCUGAAAGAAGACUACCACACGGUGCAGCUAUUGGGGCUAGUGCUCGAGCUUCUAUCUUUCUGUGUUGAGCAUCACACAUACCAUAUCAAGACGUGCAUAUUGAAUAAGGACCUGCUCCGCCGUAUUCUAGUGCUCAUGAGAUCAACCCACACAUUCUUGGUUCUUGGCGCGCUGCGAUUUAUGAGAAAGAUCACAGCUCUCAAGGAUGAGUACUACAACCGAUACAUCAUUAAAGGAAAUCUCUUCGCGCCUGUCAUAGACGCCUUUCUUAGAAAUAAUGGCAGAUAUAAUUUAUUGGAUUCCGCAAUUUUAGAAUUAUUCGAAUUCAUCAAGCUGGAAGACAUCAAAACCCUAUGUUCACAUGUUGUGGAAAACUAUGGAAAGAUUUUGGAUGACGUUGAAUAUGUACAAACUUUUAAGGCCUUAAAAGCACGAUAUGACCAACACCAGGAUAAGCUGAAGGAGAGGGAGCGAGGUGAGUUAGUGAGCGGGAGCGUGGGGGUAACAGAAGCGGUAGUUCCGUCGUUACUUCGCUCGCGGUAUCGUCGGGAGGCGCGCACUCCUGACGACGAGGAAGAGAUGUGGUUCAAUGACGACGAUGAGCUAGAUGACGACGCGCCGCUCGAAGCAGCACAGCCGCACCCGCACCCUCACCCGCAUCCGCACGCGCAUCACGCGCUUGACGCCAUCGGCAAAAUAGUUGAUAAGAAAGUAUGCUCGACCCCAGAGGCCGUGAACGGCCCUAGUAGAGUGAUGCUUAGCACCACUGCGGCUGCCAAGCCGACUCACACUGACGUUCAGGUAUCUUCGCCCAGAUUACUCAAUAAGGGUCUCGUGGACUACGACGGUGACUCUGACGAAGAAGAAGAGGGAAGUGGAGGAGGGGGUGGUACAAGUAGUAGCGAAGAGCGAGAUGCCAAGCGGCCACGGCUGGCGUAGGGCCCUAGAGCAUUUCAAGGAAUAUAAGCUGUCCGCCCUGUCUCGCUGCUGUGCAAGCUAUUACCCAGUGAAUUGGAAUGCCAUCAGGUACUGCCGGAUCACGGGUCUAGCGCGACUCAUUCGUUUUAUUCAGAGUUUCGCGCGUGAGCAUUAGCUUCACUGGGUAACUGAAGAUCAGAAUUGAAGAGGAAAUAAUGUAUAGAUAUUUGGGUUGGUAUGUUCAGCGCCUGUACUGUUGCAACCGACAUAGUUGCUAAUCAAGUUUGUACACUUCUUGCUUUGCAUUGAUUUAGGAUUAAUUCUUAAGCAGUGUAUACUUUCAUCGGUGAUUGUGUUGGAACAUAUGUACGCCGUCCUCAGAAAUAAAACGAUUGAGUCGUCAAAUAAGGUUCAAUAUUUCACAAUAUUUAUUAUAUCAACUGAAAUAAUAAUACACGUCCCGAUGUUCUUGCAAUUUAAUUUGUCACUAAUUAAUUAAUUACUGCAUGUCUACACCUCGGAAACACCACGUGCAGAAAUUGUCCGUUUAUGUAAAUAUGAAGUGCUGACAGUGUCCAACUUCACAAUUUAGUUAGCAUAUGAAGAUCUUCAUAGAUACAUAUUUUCUAGUGUAAUUACUUCAGUUGGCAACAGAAUGUAGAACAAAAUAUUGGUUACAAAGUGUAUUUUAUGUGAAAUAAUUAUAACAUCUAAGUUACUUCUCCGAAGGACUGUAGUUGCAAAAGUACAAAGAAAAUAUGAAUGGGGAUUUGUAAUAGACGAAACAACCGCGACAUGGAUGUGUUAAGUGUACGUAUUGAUAUAGCUGAUUUCAUAAUUAACGAUCACGAGACCAAUCUUCCUUUAAAAAGAGUUUUAAUAACGCUGUGGAAUUGCUACUCACUAGGGUGUUAUAUUAGAAAUCGUAUUGAUAUCACAGUCGUUUUUACUCCAAUUAGGAAUCUAUCUUCUGAAAUAAUUUAAAAGAAAGAAAUAAGAAAAUUAUAUUUUAACAUUUGUGGGCAUUAUUGCAGAGUUAGCCUCUUGUUGAUUUAUUUUCAGGUAAUUUAUUUGCAUUCCUUUAUUAUUUCGUGUUGAGCUUUUAAGAGAUAUUUUAUUUUUGAUUUUUAAUAUAUAAAAAAAAGGUGACAUCCAUUUUUUAUUGCGAAGGGGCCUAUAUACAAAUAGAAGAUUAUAUUAGAUUCUGUUCGAUAUUCAAGGUUUAGGUGGUACAUCUGAUUACGAUAUAUAACAUUAAGGUUUAUCAAGCAAACAAAUCCUACAAACAAUUUAUCCUAAGGAAUACUCAUUUUAGCACGUUAUAAUUUAUGUUUCAUCUAAACAUUUUGUAUUUUGUAACGACUAGCCCUGGCCCUAAUUAAUAAACACUGAGGCGAUUUUGUUAUACAAAUUUUUAAAGUAAUUUGUUAAAAAUACUAAUGUAUUUUAACAUUUUAAUGUCCUUUUCAUUGUUAAUAUAGGCUUUGUUUUUUGUCAAGUUAAGCCGUGUGUGUCGUUUUCACGGCCACCACAGUUAGGGGUUACAUCACACUAAUCAACGGCGGUCAGCAUUUUGUCUGGUUUUGUAUUAUAUGUUAUAAUAUCUUUGCGCAUAGUUACACACAUAAUAAUUAUGCGUAAAAUUAUUAUACAGACUUAAAAUUAUUAAGAAGACUCUUUUUUGACAAAUAGAAAGUUUUUUUACAGCGUCGUAUUUGCAUCUUAUAGUCUGUAGUCUAACUUCAAAUUUUGUUUUUGUUCUGUUAACUGUUUAGUAUAACCGAGGAAGAUUUGACACAAAGUUGAUAAACGCCUAAAAGUGUUCUUAUGUGAGAGUUUUUUUUUACUAUU